AUGCAGCCGCAGCGCGGUUGUCUGCCGGGAACGAACUGCUGCGUCAAUGUGCCGGCAGAGACGUAUGUGGCCGUGGAGCGGUUUGGGGCCUUCCAGAGAUUGCUGGGACCUGGAUUUGGUUUCGCUGGACUGGACAUCUGUGGAGCUUGCAUUACAUUUCGCGCCAUUUCCACCCGUGUUGAAGAGGAGCACUGCUCAAUAUCUACACAGACCCGUGACCAUGAGUUUAUUACAGCUGAGAUUACCAUCCAGUAUUCGGUGAUACCCAAACAGGCCAAAGAUGCGAUCUACAAGUUGGUGCAUGAAAAUUUCGACGGAUUGAUGCGGUCUUUCCUCACCGGACCAGUAUGCGCAUUUUUAAACAGGCUGAAACUGGAAGAGGUGUUCGGAAGGAAGGACGAGAUGACCGGUUCGGUUCGUGAUCAGCUUUCGGACUACGUGCGCGGCUAUGGGUUCACCAUCCAUCGCAUGGAGGUGACGGAGCUCAAGGUCUGUCCCGAUGUGAUGCACGCCAUGAAUGAGGCCCAUAAACAGCGACGGGCUCGCGACACGGCUGAGCUGACGAUGGCCAGCCAUGCAGCACAGAAAGCCCAAGAGGCUACCGAACUGGCCUCGGCAUCGCGUCUCCGGGGCGAGCGCCUGGCAGCCGAGUGCUCUGCCAUCUUGGAGGGCCUACAGGAUCCCCAGUGCAAGGACGAGCUCUUCAGUAGAUUUGAGUCCGUCCAAAUCGAGAGAGCGAUCCGGGAAACCAGCGCCCAACCUCUCCCAGAUGAUAUGGAGAACAUCCAGGAGCUUCUGAAGGAGCCGGAUGACAGCGAGGAUUCCUCCUUGCUUGCGAGCUCCCGCGUCGCCGGGGUAGUUCUUGGACGGUCGACCCCUGGCCUUGGACCACCACAGAACCUUAUGCACGGCUGCACCGCAGGGCCGGACUGCGCAGUGUUUGCCAGGCACGCCGCCUUCUCCAGCAAGAGGAGUUUGCAGGAGUCCCUGGAUAGGUGCGGCGAGCUCGAGGCGAAAUGCCGCAAGCAUGAGAAGGAAGACAUGAAAGAGUGGGGCUUCAGUGCCGGAGAUGAAGUUGAGCUCAGGGGCUUGUCGAAGCUGGAGCUCAAUGGCCAGCGGGGCACCGUCUUGCCCCUGGAAUUCCCGGAGCAGGCUCAGCAGCUGGGGCGACUGGCGGUGAUGCUGCACUCCGGCAAGCAGCCGUGGCUGUCUCUAAAAGUGGGGAAUCUGCACAAGAUCAAAGCCGAGAUCAACACAGGAGGAGACCUUGGCGCGGAAUGGUCUGCGUCGCUGCACCCCGGUGCAUCACGGCCCCUGCACGCGGCGGCCACUCCGGGUCGGGAGCUCGUGGUCAUGACCCUGAACAUGCAGUACCUUGCAAGCUUUCCCCAGGACCCGCGUCGGCUGGUUGAGAUCACGUCUACUGAAGGCUUGGAAGGGAUCGACCUUUUCGGCCAGGCACGGCACCCAGCACAUCUUCUACUGUUGGUUGACCGGAUGUUCACCGUGUAA